AUGGGUCAUCAAAUUGUCUUUGUCGACUGUCACCCAACAAAGCAGAAAAACAACGACUUUGCGGCUCUCCCGCGACUGUCACUUGACGGAGAGGAGCUGGAUGGUAGUGGGGCACGUGUCAAGGAGCUUCAUCCUCAAGUUCGUGCAGCAAGAGGAGCCUCUUUGACGUGACUUAGUCGUUGUAUAUUAAAUCACGCAAAUAUAAAAUUUAUAAAACUAGAAAAUAUGAAUUUUCAGAUAUUUAGAAGUAUUUCUGAAUAAAUAUAUCAAUUAUAAUUCCAUAAAACUUCCAAAAAUAGCGGUAAUUUUCCAGGUCGAUCACAGGGAUGUAAUAUAAUAUCUGGUAAUUAUUCAGAAUUUUCCUCAAAGAAUACUAUUUUCUAUGAAUUUUAUACUAAGAAAUGAAAAGGAAAUAUAUUUAAAAUUCAUAAAAAAAAAGGAAAUAAGGGUGCGGACGUCAGGAUGAUGUCAGCACCCAGCGAACAUGAAUCGGGCAGAAACAGAGUUCCGCCUGACGAUUCUUACGUAAGCGAUUAUAGAUGAUUUAAUUAAUCAAAUUAAGAUCUGUAAAAGCCGGAAGAAUCGUAAUAGAACAAAGUAUAUUUUGGUAAAUUAAAAUCACAAAAACUAUCACUAAAUGAAGCGUAAAGUAAGUUUGAAAGCAAGAAAACAGAGUUCCGGCGUCGCGAUGGCGAUGUGUCGACAAUGCACUGGAAUCCUGAGCGUUCGGGAGGAUCGUCAUGCAGUGUCCACGGCCUCGAAGGCUCUCCUUGGACAAAGACGACGUGGGCAAUCUCUAGAUUUUCUCGCGAAGUCUAGAAAUUAAUGAAAUAGGUCGCCGAGUCGUCUCCGGCGGCUGUCACCCAGCGGAGUGGAAAAAUGGUGACUUUAUAGCUCUCCGGCGGCUGUCACCUGACGGAGAGGAGUUGGAUGGAGGUGGGGCACGUGUCAAGGAGCUUCAUCCUCAGGUCCGCGCAACAAGAGGAGGCUCUUCAUCGCAUCUGGUACGCUCUCAGGAGGUGGCGACUCGUCUCCCGGCAGAUCGUCCUCUUCCCGACGACGGCUUGUUCGUCGAUCAAUCGGAGAUGAUUUACUCGAUAGAUUUGUGAUCCUUUUAUCGCGAAUCGUUCAAAAAUUUUAGUAACAAUCCUUUGCAAAUUGCGUUGACGAGAUUUUUGCUGAUGAUGAAAUUUUAGUAGCAAUGCUCCACGAAUCGCGUUGACGAGAUUUUCGCCGAUGAUCCAGUGAUUCUUGUUGCUUAAUCCUUCACCGGUGAUCUGCAGGAAAGUCACGAUAAUCAAAUAAAAAUAUAUGAAUUUUGACUCUGGGAGGAUUCGAACCCGCACCGAUUGUCCGCCCCCUUCUGAGGAAGGUGUGACGUAGAUUUAGUCCCACAUAGGUUGUGCGCCGAUUUUUCGGGCGAAUAUAUAGUAAUGUUAGCUUUCUAAGCAAAGUUCCUUCUCUCGUGUGUACGACCACUCCUUGCCCCACAGCCGGCUGGCACCGGUGACGUGGAAGGGAAGUGGCGCACACGUGCCCCUAUCGGUCCAAGCCGCUCGAGCUCCUGCUCGCGGCUACUCCCCAACUGAGCUUCUGACCCGCUUGUAGGCCCGACUGGCCGGCGGGUCCCCUCAUUUUACAAUAUUUUAGUUUUAUUUCUUUUUCUUCAUUUAUCUCAAAAGUAAGAUUGUAAAAAUCAUAUAAAUUCGUAUAAAAUCACAUAAUUACCCAAAAAAUCACAUUAAUCAAUUGAAAUCACAUUAACAUAAAUAUAAGUCUAUUUAUCAUGAGUUAAGGCUAAAACUAUAUUAUUUACUAAUUAUUAACUCAUGAUAAUGAAGACUUAUCACGUAGUGACAGGUAUCAGAGAGUAAACCCAAUAGCCCUUUUUACGUGCGGAAGUAGCCAAUAAAGACCGCUUUAAGAGCAUAAGGGGCAAGUUUAGAAAGAGAUGGAGAUGAAUCCUAGAUGAAAGUGGUUGACAUGACUUAGUCGUUGUAGAGUAAAUCAUGUAAAUUUAAAAUUUAUAAAACUAGAAAAUAUUAAUUUUUGGAUAUUUAGAAGUAUUUUUAAACAAAUACAUCAAUUAUAAUUCAAAAAAACUUUAAAAAAUAGUGGUAAUUUUCUAGGUCGAUCACAAUGAUGUGAUAUAAUAUCACAUAAUUUUUUAAAAUGUUUCUCAAAGAAUACAAUUUUUUUAUAAAUUUGAUGCUACAAAAUGAAAAUGAAAUAUAUUUAAAAUUCACAAAAAAGGGAAAUAAGGAUGCGGACAUUAGGAUGACGUUAGCACCCGAUGAAUGCGAAUCGGGUGGAAAUAGAUCAUGGUGGUGAUGCAUCGGCGAUGCACCGGAAUCCUAAGCAUUUGGGAGGAUCGUCAUGUAGUGUCCACAACCUCAAAGGCUCUCCUUAGGCAAUGACGACAUGGGUAAUCUCUAAAUCUCCUUGCGAAGUCUAGAGAUCAAUGAAAUGAGUCGUCGAAUCAUUUUCAGUAGCUGUCAUUUGGUGGAGCGAAAAAAUGACAACUUUACAACUCUUCGGCGGCUGUCAUCCGACAAAGAGGAGCUAGAUGGAGGUGGGGCACAUGUCAGGGAGCUUCAUCCUCAAGUCCCCACAACAAGAGUAAGCUCUUCAUCACAUUCGGUACGCUUUCAAGAGGUGGUGACUCAUCUCCUGGCGGAUCGUCCUCUUCCCGACGAUGGCUUGUUCAUCGAUCUAUCAGAGAUGAUUUACUCGAUAGAUUUGUGAUCCUUUUAUCGUGAAUCGUUCAAAAAUUUUAGUAACAAUACUUUACAAAUUGCGUUGAUGAGAUUUUUGCCGAUGAUUUAUCAAUUUUGGCGGCUUAAUCCUUCAUCGGCGAUUUGUACGAAAGUCAUGAUAAUCAGGUAAAAAUACAUGUUUUGGCUGUAGGAGGAUUCAAACUCGCGUUGGUUGCUCGAUUGCAUGUGAGAGAUUGAAAUAAAUACUCUAAUGCCCUUAUCAAGUGACAUCAUCAUGAUAUAUUUCUAUUAUAACGAAGAGGUAAUUUAGGUAUUAAAAUCUUCGAAGCCUUUUAAGAAAAGGUGUGACAUAGGUUUAGUCCCACAUCAGUUGUGCGCUGAAGUUUUGGGUGAAUAUAUAGUAAUAUCACAUUUGCAAAUAAUGAGUCUCUUUUUCUCACGUGUAAGACCACUCCUUGCCCCACAAUCGGCUGGCCACUAGUGACGUGGAAGGGGAGUGGCACACACGUGCCCUCAUCGGUCCUAGCCACUCGAGCCCCUACUCACGGCUCCCCCCAACUGUGCUUCUGACUUGCUUGUGAGCCUGACUAGUUGGCGGGUCCCCCCCUUUUAUUAUAUUUUUAUUUUAAUUUCUUUUUCUUUAUUUAUCUAAAAAAUAGGACUAUAAAAAUCAUAUAAAUUCUUAGAAAAUCACAUAAUUAGCCAAAAAUUCAUGUUAAUCAAUUCAAAACCACUUUUCACAAUUUAACACAAAUAUAAGUCUAUUUAUCAUGAGUUAAGGCUAAAAUUAUAUUAUUUACUAAUUAUUAACUCAUGAUAAUGAAGACUUAUCACACCCCCCAACUUAAAUCAUUGCUAGUCCUUUAGCAAUGGAAUUACAAAAAUAAAAAUUCACAAAUCUCAAACAUCAUAUUUCAAUGUAUAAAAAAAAUAUAAUUAGAAAUGAUGCACCUUUAGACACUUUAGACACUUUAGAUUCUUAUAUCAAAUAUUUAAGAAUGAUGUCAAGCACUUGAAUGUUUAAGCAGUCCUUGGAAUAACAAUCUAGACUUCACUUCUUCUAUUCACAUCUUUAUCACUUCUUCACUCAUAGAUAUAUUUACAAGAUGUUUUAAUUAUCAAUACUCAUUUAAGAAUAAUAUUGAUCCUAUAUUUUACUCUUUCCAUGGCUUGAUUUUUGAAGUUUGUAUUAUAUUUCUUUUUUUUAUUUUUAUAUAAUGAAUAAGUAGCUUUUCUUGUAGACAAAUUUCGACAAUAAGAAUGAUGUCUCACACCCUCCAUAUGUACUCUUCAUUUUCAGGGCUUUCAUUUUAUCUACUUAUUUUGCAGCAAGUAUUUUUCUAUGCACGAUUUUUGACAAUGAGAAUGAUGUCUCACACCCUCCAUGUGUACUCUUCAUUUCUAGAUUUUUCACAUUACUUUCUUCUUUUUUUUCAAAAUAAGUGAUUUCUCUUCACAAAUCUUAUAGAUCAAGAUGCAAAAAUCUUCAUUAAACUCAAAUGAUCAAUCAAAUUUUCACAUCAAGUAAAUACUAUCCAUCAAGAUCAUGAAGUGAAAAUCUGUAAAAUCAAAUCCAUAUUAUUUAUCAUGUACUCAAGGAGUAUUCUAAUAUUUCAUGCUACUAAAUCAUUCUUUUGACUGAAUAAUAAUCUUCCUAGUAUCUUUUGGUAUCAAUCAAUCUAAUUGAUUUAAUUUUUCGUGCAUGCAAUAUGAUGUAAGAAAUUUGUAAAUUAGAUAGUUCUAAUAGUUCUGCUUUUUGUUUUUAGUUCUGUUUUUAGCAACAAUAAGUUUGUCAAUAAUAAAUCAAAACUAUCUUCUUUAUAGCUGUAAUUUCUAAUUUCAGCAAUAUAUGUUUAGGGGAUUAAAAUGUGAGAAAAGGGUCUCUAGAAUUUCAAAUUUCGGGCUGUUUUUUCUUUGCUGUUUUUGAUAGUCUGUUGUUCUUGACAAAAAACUAGAAAGUAGAUGCUGUAAUUUUUUUGAAUUUUUUUUUUAGUUACUGUUCUAAGUGAGCAUGAAAAAAAAAUGCAAACACAUGUUCUUAAUCAUCCUACAGCGUAAAUUAAGAAUUAAUAUUUUACCCCUCAACUUAAAAAUGACAUUGUCCUCAAUGACAUAGAAAAAUCGAAACAGAAUAUGUAGAAAAUAUAAUUUUCAAGUGAAGUAUGCAUAUAUGCAAAGUUAAGCACUAAAAAUAUUGUCAUAAAUGAUAAAGCUCAGAAAGACAUCACCUCAACUUCGUUUUUAAUUUUUCACUUCAUCUUACACUCCUGCUCUUAUACUUUUUGGACAAAAAAAUAAAUACAGAAAGAAGUAAUAUGAAAUUUUAAGAAAAAUAGAGCUUAAAAAAAAACAAAAUGAAAUAAAGACCAUGGGUUGCCUCCCAUGCAGCGUUGAAUUUAAUGUCUCCAGCUAGACACAUUAAUCUUACUCUUGAAUUUAUUUUAAUAAUAAAAUUUCAUUUUCUACAAGGUGUUCAUGUUCUAUAUAAUGUUUAAGCCAUUGUCCAUUUACCUUAAAGUUAGGAUCACUUUUAGGAUCUUUAAUCAUUACAGCCCCAUGAUUAUAUGUCUCUUCCACCACAUAAGGCCUUGUCCAUUUUGAUUUUAAUUUUCUUGGGAAUAAUUUUAGCGUAGAAUCAUAUAACCACACUUUUUGUGCAACAUCAAAUCUUUUUCUACUAAUGUAUUUAUCAUGAAAAGGUUUAGUUUUUUCUUUAUAUAUUCUAUGAUUUUCAUAAGCUUCAUUCCUCAAUUCCUCUAGUUCAUGUAAUUGAAAAAUUCUAUGCCCACCAAUUGAUUCUUCAUCCAUACAUAAAUUUUUUAUAGCCCAUAAUGCUUUAUGCUCUAUUUCCACAAGAAGAUGACAUGACUUUCCAAAAAUGAGACGAAAUGGAGACAUACCUAUGAGAUUUUUAUAAGUUGUUCUAUAAGCUUACAAUGCAUCUUGUAAUUUCGUGGGUCAAUCUUUUCUAUCUAGUCUAACUAUUUUUCCUAAAAUUCUCUAAAUUUCCCUAUUUGCUACUUCAGCUGGCCCAUUUGUUUGGGGAUGGUAUGGAGUGGCUACUCUAUGGUGUACUCCAUUCUUUUCAACAGUUCUCUGAAAUUUAUAAAAUGUGUUCCUCCAUCACUAAUAAUCACUCUAGGACAUCUAAAUCUUGAAAAAAUAUUUUCCUACAAAAAUUUCAUCACGAUUUUAUGAUCAUUAGUUCUAGUAGAAAUAGGUUCCACCCACUUAGAUACAUAAUUAACGACAAGUAAAAUAUAUUCAUAUUUUUCACUUGAUGGGAAGGGACCAAUGAAAUCUAUUUCCCAUACAUCAAAAAUUUCAACGACUAACAUGUUACUCAUGGGCAUUUUAUCUUUUUUACUCAUGUUACCUAUAGAUUGGCAUGAAAUACAUAUUAUACUAAAUUUUAUAGAAUCUCUAAUGAUUGUAGGCCAAUAAAAACCACACUGAAAAUUUUUUGUAGUUAUUUUUCGUAUAGAGAAAUGUCCUCCACAGUUAGAUGAAUGGCAUAUGUUAAAAAUGCUAUGAUAUUCUUCUUCAAGAACACAUCUCCUUAAAAUUUGAUCAUUGGCCAAAUAAUAUAAAUCAAGAUUAUGCCAAAAAUAAUUUCUAAUCUUAAAAAAGAAAUGAUGUUUUAUAUUCUUAUCCCACUGUUUUGUAAUUUUUUCAGAAACAAGAAAAUUAACAAUAUGUGCAUACCAUGGUGAUGGUUGAUGUUGAGCUGUCAUCAAUUGUUCAUCUAGAAAUAAAUCUUGUAAAGGUGAUACAUUUAUUCCUAUAUCACUCAAUCUAGAAUGAUGGUUAGUGACGUGACUCAGUCGUUGAAUAUUAAAUCACGCAAAUAUAAAAUUUAUAAAACUAGAAAAUACGAAUUUUCGGAUAUUUAGAAGUAUUUCUAAAUAAAUAUAUCAAUUAUGAUUCAAUAAAACUUCCAAAAAUAGCGGUAAUUUUCCAGGUCGAUCACAGGGAUGUAAUAUAAUAUCUGGUAAUUAUUCAGAAUUUUUCUCAAUGAAUACGAUUUUCUAUAAAUUUUAUACUAGGAAAUAAGAAGGAAAUAUAUUUAAAAUUCACGAAAAAGGGAAAUAAGGGCGCGGGCAUUAGGAUGAUGUCAGCGCCCGGCGAACGCGAAUCGGGCGGAAACAGAGUUCCGCCCGGCGAUUCUUACGUAAGCGAUUAUAGACGAUUUAAUUAAUCAAAUUAAGAUCUGUAAAAGCCGGAAGAAUCGUAAUAGAACAAAGUAUAUUUUGGUAAAUUAAAAUUACAAAGAAAUAUCACUAAAUGAAGUGUAAAGUAAGUUUAAAGCAGGAAAACAGAGUUCCGGCGUCGCGACGGCGAUGCGUCGGCGAUGCACCGGAAUCCUGAGCGUUCGGAAGGAUCGUCGUGCAGUGUCCACGGCCUCGAAGGCUCUCCUUGGACAAAGACGACGUGGGCAAUCUCUAGAUCUUCUCGCGAAGUCUAGAGAUCAAUGAAGUGGGUCGUCGAGUCGUCUCCGGCGGCUGUCACUCGGUGGAGCGGAAAAACGACGACUUUGCGGCUCUCCGGCGGCUGUCACCCGACGGAGAGGAGCUGGAUGGAGGUGGGGCGCAUGUCAGGGAGCUUCAUCCUCAGGUCCGUGCAGCAAGAGGAGGCUCUUCAUCACAUCUGGUACGCUCUCAGGAGGUGGCGACUCGUCUCCCGGCGGAUCGUCCUCUUCCCGACGACGGCUUGUUCGUCGAUCAAUCGGAGAUGA